AUGGGACCAGCUCUUAAAAUGCGCCCAGCUCUUAAAAUUUCGCAAAACCCUCUCUCUAGAGAACUCUCCCGAAACUUCUAUCCUUCUCCAAGCUCAUUCGCCUGUAGCUAUCAACUGUGCACCAGAGACUUUAGCAUCGGCUCCGAAGCCAACACUCAACCCAUUGAAAAUCAGACCAAACCCGAAAUUCCCAGCCUGAACACCAGUUUGGGUUCGGAAAAAAACAACCAGACUACCCAAGUAAAGUUCAACGUGAAUUCCAACCUGAAGGCACGAUCUCUCAAGACAGCUUGUCGUGAUUCGUACGAGAAAGGAGUUGUUAUUGCCAGGUGUGAUGGCUGUGUGUAA